AUGUGCUCCUACGGAUGUCUGCCAUGCAGCUCGGGAUCUCUGACUCCUUGCGGCGUAGUGAGCGGCCUUAGCCCUUCCUGCGUCAAUCAGCUACCCCCCGCGGAGGUGGUGAUCCAGCCACCGGCAGUCAUCUUGACGAUCCCGGGGCCCAUCCUCACUGCCAGCUGCGAUCCUGUUUCCGUGGGCGGCUGCACACCUUGCAUCCCCAGUUGUCCCCCGCGGUGCAUGCCGAGACGGUCAUCCUGCAACCCGUGUAAACCUUGCUAA